AUGGCGUGUGAAAUACAUACAGGUGUGAACGAUGUUUUCACUAAAAAUCAGAUCCAUCACAUCUUAAAGCGAUCACUUGGGGUUACCACUUUUCAACUUAUUGCUUGUGACAAGCGACCGGCGGUGAUUGGAAUGGCCGGGUUCCUCGGCGACCACUUUAGGGUGACUUUACACGUGAAAGCCAACGGGUUUGUUGAGAAGAUAAAGUUAUUCGUUAAAUGCGUGCCUGUCUGUAACGCACCUAAGGCUGAGUUCAUAAAUAAGAAUGGUUAUUAUAAGAGGGAGAUGAUGGCGUUUAAACUUUUCGAAGAAAUGCAUGGAGCUGAAGGACCGAAUCCGUGGUGCGCAAAAGCAUAUCUGUAUAAUGAAGGGAUCCUCGUGAUGCCGGACUUAGCUGUCGAGGGUUACAGAACGUUUAUGAACCAUGAAGUUCUCGAUCUCAAGCACACGCUGUUAACAACGGCGUCCAUUGCGCGUUUCAACGCCUCCUUUGCUAACUAUGUGACUAGACGCAUGUUAAACGACAAAAGUUUUGACUUCAAUCGGGAGUACAGAAAUGUGUUGACAGAACCCACGUUCUGUGAUUCUCCGUGGUUGAGAGCGGCCGCCAAACUAACUGUGAACCUCCUCAAGGCAUUCUCUGAUAAAUUUGAUCAAUAUCCCCGAGAUUUAGAGCCUACGCUUGUCAAACAGUUUGUAUAUACCUGUGCUACGCUUAGAGAAUAUGAAGGAACCCUUAAUGUGCUACUUCAUAAGGAUUUGUGGGUAAAUAACAUCAUGUUUAAGUACAAUGGGGAUGUACCUAUAAAUGCUUUACUUAUAGAUUUUCAGUGCUUACGAUUAGGACCCCCUGCAUUCGAUCUUAUGGUCUUCUUAUAUUUGACCACCUUGAGAAAGUUUAGAGAGCGACAUGAACAGGAAAUUUUCCGCCAUUACUUCACGAUCUUCUCAGAGACUGUGGACGACGACACAAAGAAUAGGCUGAAAGAAUUAAAUUACAAUUUCGAAGUAUUUGUAGAUUGGUGCGAGAGAAGUCGCAUGUUUGCUAUUCUUGGAGCUAUUGGUUUUUUCCCAUAUGUGUUAAUGGAUCCCAAAACAGCACAGAAGACCUUUGACGACCCAGACACUUAUGUUAAGUACUGCGAUGAGGACCGGACUGAACCCGUGCUCGCUUACUGCCGCGAGUCCAAGGUCUAUAUGGAAAGGCAACUGGAAGUCAACGAGGAGUUUGUAGAGCGAUAUGUACUUAAGCAGCUAUGA